AUGGCCGGUGAAUCUAAGACUGAGACUGGUAAAAAUACUGAAAAGACCAAUGAUAAGACUGAAAAGACCGAUGAAAAGACUGAGACUGGUGAACCUAAUGGAGAGCCCCCGAAAACAAGAAAAAGACUCACUCUUCAAGAAAGAUUGGCUCUUGCGGCCAAAGGUGGUAAAAAAUCAUCUACCAAAUCUUCAGUCACGUCUCUCCCUCCUGAACCAUCUACUCCAGUUGCAUCCACUCCAGUUGCGUCCACUCCAGUUGCGUCCACGCCAGUUGCAUCUCCAAGACCAGCUUCCCCUGCCAAUCACGAUGAACUAAGCUCACUAAAAUCACAAAAUAAAGAAUUAUUAGAAGAAUUGAAAAAAUUAAAGAGUCAAAAUAACAAUUCCUCAGAUAAAAAAGAUUUAUUACUGAAAAUAUCUCAAAAAGAUGAAACAAUCUCUCAAUUAUUAAAAGAAGGUGAACAAUUAUCAAUUAAAGAAUUGAAAUUAAAUGAUACUAUCAAAAGUUUAAAACAAUCUAAUUUAAAACUUGAAUCAAAUUUGAAAAUUUUCUCUGAUAAAAAUAAUGAAGCUCAAUUACAAAUAAAUGAAUUGGACAAUUUCUUGCAUAAACAUAAAUUUAAAUCAAUAGAUCAACUAAUGGAUUCCUAUAAUGAAAAGUUGAAAAAUAUAACUGAUAUGAAUAAUAAAUUUGACCAGGAAAAAUCUCUUAAUUGGGAAUCAAAAUAUAAAGAACAACAAAAAUUAUAUGAUAAUGAAUUAAGUGAAAAGAAAAAACUUUCAAAAGAGUUGAAUGAACUUAAUAUUAAAUUAGAUAUGAUGAAGUCUCAAUCAGUAUUAGAUUUAAAUUCUAAAGAUAAUUUAAUAAAUAAUUUGAAAAAAGAAAUUAACCAUUCAAAGGAAGAAUCAUUAAAUGAAAUAUCAAGAUUGGAAAGCAAAUUAGAAUUUUUCCGUAUCGAAAAUGAAUCUUUCAAUAAUGAUGCUACUAAAAAUGAUUCAAAGAAUUCUGAAAAUGGUAAAGUUAUUGAUUAUGAUGAAUUUGCUAAAUUAUCAACAACUCAUCAUAAUUUACAACAACAAUAUAUUUCAUCACAAGAAAAUUGGAAACUAAUUGAAUCAAACUUGUUAUCAAAAAUUGAUAAUUUAUCUGCAUCAUUAGAUAUUUUGAAAAAAUCAAAAUUAAAAAUUUCAAAUGAUUUAAAAAAAUUAACAAAUAAUUUAAAUAACAAAGAUGAUGAAUAUAAUGAUUUAUUGAAAAAUUAUGAAAGUUUGAAUAAAGAAAAUCAAGAUUUAAAAUUACAGUUAAAUUUAAAAAUUGAAGAAAUUAAAGAGUCUCAAGAAAAAUAUGAUAAAUUUAAAGUAAUUUUCAAUAAUGAUCGAGAAAAAUUAAAUGUCAAGAUUGAUUCUUUAAAUAAUGAAAUUCUUAAAUUGAAGGAAGAUUCAAGUCCAAGCAUUACUAUUGAUGACCAUACUCAAUCUUUUGUGCGUCCUCUUCCUCAAAUGAGAAGUUUAAAUAAUAGUGGUCUUCACAUAAAUAUCGAACCUCCAACUAAAUCUCAAUUUAGAAAUUCAAGUCCAAGCAUAGACUCUCCUACCCAAUCACCAUCGUGGCAAGAAAUAAGAGUUGGCGAAUCUUCAACCACUCCUGCAAUUAAUAAGGAUUUUUCAAGCGUAUUCUUAAAUGCAUCUCAUAAUAAUUCAUCCUCUUCCUUACAUGACAAUAGCUCUAAUCUCAACGAUGACUAUGACGAUUCAUUCUCUUCGCAUUUGAAAAGUGGCAAUCAAAGCAUAAGUGGCUUGAUGCCAAACUCUGGAAAUAAUAACAUUCAAUUAAUAAGUAAAAUGAGCUCUAAUAUUAGAAGACUUGAAAUCGAAUUGAAUACACUAAAAGAAGAAAACUCAAAACUAUCCUCGGAAAAAGAACAAGCCCAGCAGGAACUUUUAAAGAAAUUGAAACUUACUGACGAAGUUGAAAACUUAAAUGCAACUAUUGACAAUCUCAAGACCGAAAUCGAUAAUAAAUCAGCUAAAGAACUGACAAUGUUACAAUUAAUCGGGGAAAAAUCAGAACAAGUGGAAGAACUCAAAGCUGAUGUUCUCGACUUGAAGGACCUAUGCAGACAACAAGUCCAACAAAUGAUAGAAUUACAAGAAUCUAAAUAG